UAAGGCAUAUAUUUUCUUUACUGACAAUGAUACUUAAGAAGGAAAAACAAUCCAAACAUACUUAACUAGCUGUGCAAUAUUUGUAAGGCAGAAAGAAAUCUUCUUAAUCUUUGAUAUGAUCAGCUUACAUGCAAAAAGUCUGAAAUUUGAUUACACUCCCUUAGUAGUAGAACUAAAAUAAGUAUGUCAUAACAUUAUCCAGAUCAUUAUGAUGUCCAAUUGAUACUGAACAAGUUCUCCAUCACACAGGCUCUACUGGAGAGAUGGAUGUUUUGCUUUUGCUUGAGGAACUGUGGACCCUCUAUUGUCUUCUAUGUAGCCAAAAAUUCUUUAAUGUUCCUGGCUAACCCAUAAUGGAGUUGACAUCCUUGAUUAUAUUAUUCUCUUUAUGUCAACUUAUAGUUUUGCCUCUAUACUCUUUUUGAAGUAAUGAAUUCUAUAUACCUUCUGUGUAAAAUAAUCCUUCAAACUUUUUCCAACUCUACUUCUUUUCACCUUAAAGGCAUAUUCAAACGGUUCAGAAGGAGGUAGGGGGUGGGGAGUCUUAGAUUUCUGAGUUAGCCCCUUAACACCAGUGGCAAUUUUAGUUGACCUUUUCAGGAAUUUCCUUAGGUUCAUGGUGUCUUCCUUGAUAGCUAAUAGGUCGAAUUACAUGCAAUAUUACAUGCAUUGGGAUGGUGUUGAAAUUUGGUUAUGCAUUUUCUUGGUUUCUUUGCCCUUUGUGAUUAUAACCAAAUAGUGUUUUUUGGGUUUUUUUUGCCAUUUAAGCUAUUGAACCAAAGUUUUUUAGAAAACUACAGUUGUGGGAAAGCCUUUCUUGAACCUGCAAACUCACUUCUUAUAAUCAUAAAGGAAAGUAUUUAUAUUAUUUAUCCACUGGAUGAAUUAUUUUACAGUUAGUUGACAUGUACAUCUCUGCCAUUUUUCUGUUGCGGUGUUUCAGGGUUGCCAUUUCAUUGCCCAGUGGUGCUUAGUGGAGCUUGCAAGCAGAAUCUGCACUAUGCGAGCUCCUACACUAUGGGAUAUGUGGAUCAUAGCUACAUCUAAGUGUAUAUUGGAAAGUUAUGGAGAGUGUUAAAUAUGUAAAAACACCUAAUGGGGCUUAGGACAAAGUAGGCAUUCCAUAAACAGUAGCUGUUAUUAUUAUUAUUGGCUGUGUGUGUGUGUAUUCAUGCUCUUUGCAAAUGUUCCUUCUGAAUGUCCUGAAAAGGUACAUGUAAAAGGUUCUUUAAUUUUAUCUUUGAUCUAGCAUGACUGCUACCUUCCUGAUGUCCAUGCUUUUUGGCCUUGUAUGUGGCCAAGCAAUGUCAUUUUGUAUUCCAACUGAGUAUACAAUGCACGUCGAAAGAAAAGAGUGUGCUUAUUGCUUAACCGUCAACACCACCAUCUGUGCUGGAUAUUGUAUGACACGGGAUAUCAAUGGCAAGCUAUUUCUUCCCAAAUACGCCCUGUCCCAGGAUGUUUGUACAUAUAGAGACAUCAUCUAUAGGACUGUAGAAAUACCAGGAUGCCCACACCAUGUUGUUCCUUACUUUUCCUAUCCUGUUGCUGUAAGCUGUAAGUGUGGCAAAUGUAAUACUGACUAUAGUGACUGUAUACAUGAGGCCAUCAAGACAAACUACUGUACCAAACCUCAGAAGUCUUAUCUGGUGGAAUUUUCUGUUUAACUUUAAGAGCAAUAUAAUUUGUAAUUUGGUUAAAUGUGUUUACCUAGAAUAAAACUAAUAAAAUAUCAUUAUGUUUCACAAUACCUUGUG